UUUCUGAAGAACUACAUUACCCAGGUAUGUUUAAUCAACAACCCGAUGACUGUUUGGCUCAUCCUUGACCGGAGUCCAGAUUGGCUUUCUGCUGCAUAUUGCAGACAGAUAACAGCUAAUCAAGCAAUUAUCUUACCGGCCGACAGGAACUUUUUGAUCACCCGACACACUUCAUUGAAGACCAAUCCGGCUCGCUGCCAUGAUGUUUUACAUGCAUUGUUUCGUAUUCUUGCUGAAGAUGUGAACACGCCUUCCUGUCAUCCUUAAUGGGAGUCAGCAUGGCGCAGGAGGAGGACAAACACUGCCUGGAGGCGAAAUUUGCUGCUGCAGUUAAAGUGAUCCGGACUUUGCCUGAGGAAGGUCCUUUCCAGCCAUCUGAUGACAUGAUGCUAAUGUUCUACAGUUACUACAAGCAGGCCACUCUGGGGCCCUGCAACAUCCCCAGACCAAUGGGCUUCUGGGACUCACGAGGCAAAGCUAAAUGGGAUGCAUGGAGCUCUCUGGGAAAUAUGACAAAAGAUGAAGCCAUGAAGAAUUAUGUUGAGGACAUCCAGCUGAUUUUGGAGACGAUGCCAGUCUCAGAAGAAGUGUCAGAACUUGUACAAAUGCUUGGCUCCUUCUACUCUGAGGUAGAUGGAGAGGGAAGAGAAAGUGAAGAAAAUGAGGUGGACAGGAGACCCUUCACUAGGCCUUUUGCAAAACAUGCAGAUGAGCUGAUCAAACCAUUUAAGAAACCAACAAUGGAAGGCUUUGGGGAUCUGUGGGAUGAUCUUCAAAACCUCCAAGAGCAUGACAAAGACAGCAGUGUUCAUGGGAAGAGUGUCAGUAAGGAGGAGGCAGAGGGAAGCAACGAAAAUAGUGAAAUGGAGAAAAGUGAGGAAAGUGGUGAUUGGAGGAAAAGUGAGGAGGAGAAUGGGGAUGAAGAAGACAAUACAGAAGAUGGAGACAAGGAGGAGGAAAAAGGCUGGAGUCCCAACCCGAGGCUGCUGAUGGUGGAAGACAAGAGAUGGAGGUCUGACACCAGGGGAUCCAACAGCAGCAUAGAGCCCAGCGUGUCCUCCUUCACCAACGGGACUCACAGCUCCCUUAACAGCGAGGUGGAGGAAGAGGAGCUGGCAUGUUCUGUGGAUCACAGUGUGCAGUAUAAUCCGUAUAUGAACUUCAAUGGACACAUGAGUGAUCAUAGUGAUGUUGCUCAUGAGAAGAAUCUCCGCCGAUCUACAGAUUCAGAUAACGAAGAAUUCUGUGACUCAAUGGAGCAUCUGGCCAUGGAGGAGGGCCUGAAUUCAUCCAAAACUCUGCCAUCUGGGUCAAGAGCUGCCACAGCGAGGCAAAGAGACCUUUGGUACGAGAGCAGCACAACCCUGAAUGACGGAGAGGAUCAGGUACUCAUGGGGGAGACUUACUUUAAAGAAGGGAUUAGUACAAGCCAACACAGCAGCUCCUUGUCAAGAAGAGGGAGAGGUGUUCAGUCACCACGGGAAAUCUGCAGCUCUCAGCGGUGUGCCAGUGUAGAUGCUGCUUGCUGUUGUGCGUCACAGAGCAGACAUCCUGUCAGUGCCAUCAGGGGAAAUGUUGAUGAACAAAUAGCUACAGCUCUGCUCAGGCUGCAGCAUGACAUGGCUGCUGUGCUGCACAGGCUGCACACUCUGGAGAUGCUUGCUGUGUCACAGUCAAGACCAUCCACGCCAAGGCAGGAGGACUCCCUACCAGUUACACAAAAGUUCCUCAGACCCUCCUGGUGGCCUUUUGACUUCUGUCCUCUCACUGUGGUGUUGACGGCACUCUGGCCUCUGAUUUCCCAUUGGCUGGUCCAACUGUACUUACAACGCAGGAGAAGGAAAAUCCCCUGAACCGUCUGACUGCUGUCAGCAUCAAUGACAGAAAAUGAAUCCUGGAUCAGACCUUUGCACUUUGAUUGCUUUAUGGCUUCUUUAAGCUGAAAUCAAUCACUCUCUGGGUGUAAUGAGGCCAGGAUAACAAUGGAAAAGGCAACUCUAGUCUACUCUAGAUAAGUAUGUAGAUUGUCAGAGAGCUGUUCAAAGGGAGGUUCUGCAGUAAAGUGUAGCAUUUUGACUGUGGACAUUACUUAGAUGUUUAAGAAAGAAAAUAUUUAAGCAUUAUAAAUGCUAGCACAUUUUCUUUGUUACAGUAUGCUUAGCAUUAGAUUAUCUUAUUUCUGAAAUAUAUCACACGUUAGUAUACACAUAACUCGCACAGAAGUAGUUGAGCACCAUAAGCAGCACUUUUAAUGACUAUUUAUUUUAUUCAUUGUGCAUUUCAUUUUUUAUUUGUUUUUUUUGUCAUUUUGUCCACAAGAUAUUUCCCUGCAGCUAAGGACAUAUGUCAUUUUUUAUUUAUGGUCUGAUACAUAUUAAUAUUUAAGAAGCUUUUGAAUAUACAAGGAGACCAAAAUCAUAUUCUAUUUGUGAAACUGUGUUUUGAUUUUAUGGCUUCAGUGCAAUACUAGCAAAGACUGAACUCUCACUUUAAAAGGAGUACAGGACAAUCCAUAUAUUUAUUCUUAUGUCUCUGUAGGUGUACGGUGAAUAGGAUGUCAUGCUAUUAGAUCUACAGUUAAAACAUACAUAUACGAACCAAAUUUUGUCAUGCAAUAAACACUUUCUCAAAGAUUA